AUGACGGAGGCAGCCGAGAAGGGAGAGAUAUGCCCACACUUACAGGAGCGUCGAAUCUGGAUUGAUGGCUGUUUCGACUUUGCUCAUCACGGCCAUGCAGGAGCCAUGCUACAGGCCAGACAACACGGAGACGAGCUCUUUGUGGGAGUGCACUCAGAUGAGGAUAUAUUAGAGAACAAAGGUCCAGUUGUUAUGAAAUUGGCAGAGAGGAUGGAAGCUGUGCAGGGAUGUCGUUGGUGCACAAGGGCUAUACCUGGGGCUCCGUAUGUGACGGACCCUAAGGUUCUUGAUAAAUACGGGUGUAAGUACGUUGUUCAUGGAGACGACAUUACCACAGAUGCUAACGGUAAUGACUGUUACCAGGCUAUGAAAGACAUGGGGAGGUUUAUUGUGGUAAAACGUACGCCAAACAUCUCCACAACGGACUUGGUGGGCCGUAUGCUUCUAUAUUCCAAGGACCAUUUUUUACCCAAAGUGACCUGUGGUGAAUACGAUAGGUUUUUUAAGGGACAAUCAAUGGAGACACUGUUGCUCCGGUCCGAGUCCAUCGAAACGUACAAAGCAUAUGCUACAUGUGAGGAUGGCUUAAACCCCGGUGUGGCUGUGUUCUUGUACACAGAAGAAGAUGAGAAGUUGCAUGAACUAGUCCAGCCGGACAGAAGCAACUGGCUUCCAACCCGUGAAAUAUACUAUAUUGAUGGAGGCUUUGACUUGUUCUCGCCUGGUCAUAUAGUAGCUUUGAAGGCUCUUCGAGAAUUAGCUGAAGAGAAAAAUGCAUUGGUGAUAGCUGGAGUUCAAGACGAUAGUAGUGUCAACAAGCAUAAGGGAUUGAACUAUCCAAUCAUGAAUCUGUUUGAGAGAUCUCUCUGUGUUCUGCAAAGCCGAUAUAUCGAUGGUAUAGUGAUUCAGGCACCUUACAAGCCUACUGCUAAUUUUUUAAGAUUAUUCCCCAUGGAAGUUACUGAGGUAUUUCAUGGGCCUACUAGAGAGCAAGAUAAUCCAUACCAAGAGGUUCGAGAGAUGGGCAUUUUCCACCGGUUAGAAAGGCAUCAAUACGAUACCAUGACCAGCGAAGAUAUUGUUGAUAGAGUAUUAGAGAAUAGAAAGACCUAUGAAGAGAGACAGAGGAGAAAGGGGUGGAAGAGCAAGAGGGAGACAGCUAUGGGCGUUAAAGUGAAGGAAGGAGUUAGUAAGGUAAUUCUAGGUUAA